AAGCCCCACCGAAAGCCCCGGACCCGUCGCGGAGCCUGGGCUGGCGGGGGAUGAGGCUGAGCGACUCCUCCUAGAGGUGGUUAUGUGGAGAAGGAGCAAUCCCUUCUCCCUCCUCCUCCUCCCCCCCGCUACUAUCCGCGGCCCAGAGAACUGCCGCUUGCCGCCAUUGACACGCACAGAUAGAACCCAAAGAAAGGCAAAGAGUCCUGCCCGGCACCGGCGCCACGCGGGCCGAACCUGCGCCCGGGGAGGGGCGCGCAGAGGGCACCGGGCGCCCGGAGCAGGCGGCGCAGCACCAGCAUUAUAUUAGUGCCGGGAGGCCACUGUGUCAGCAAGCUGAGAGGGAAACUGAGGCAAGAUGUCGGGCCGGAGCGGGAAGAAGAAAAUGUCCAAGCUGUCCCGUUCAGCCAGGGCAGGUGUCAUCUUUCCAGUGGGGAGGCUGAUGCGUUAUCUGAAGAAAGGGACGUUCAAGUACCGGAUCAGCGUGGGUGCCCCUGUCUACAUGGCAGCAGUCAUUGAGUACCUGGCAGCGGAAAUUCUAGAAUUGGCUGGAAAUGCCGCAAGGGACAACAAGAAGGCCCGAAUAGCCCCGCGACACAUCUUGCUGGCAGUUGCCAAUGAUGAGGAGCUGAACCAGCUGCUAAAAGGAGUGACCAUCGCCAGUGGAGGCGUGCUGCCCAGAAUUCACCCCGAACUGCUGGCCAAAAAGCGAGGGACCAAAGGCAAGUCGGAAACGAUCCUCUCCCCACCCCCAGAGAAAAGAGGCAGGAAGGCCACGUCAGGCAAGAAGGGGGGGAAGAAAUCCAAGGCUGCCAAACCACGGACAUCCAAAAAGUCCAAACCAAAGGACAGCGAUAAAGAAGGAACUUCAAAUUCCACCUCUGAAGACGGGCCGGGGGAUGGAUUCACCAUUCUGUCUUCUAAGAGCCUUGUUCUGGGACAGAAGCUGUCCUUAACCCAGAGUGACAUCAGCCAUAUUGGCUCCAUGAGAGUGGAGGGCAUUGUCCACCCAACCACAGCCGAAAUUGACCUCAAAGAAGAUAUAGGAAAAGCCUUGGAAAAGGCUGGGGGGAAAGAGUUCUUGGAAACGGUAAAGGAGCUUCGCAAAUCCCAAGGCCCUUUGGAAGUCGCUGAAGCCGCCGUCAGCCAAUCCAGUGGACUCGCAGCCAAAUUUGUCAUCCACUGUCACAUCCCUCAGUGGGGUUCCGACAAAUGUGAAGAACAACUUGAAGAGACCAUCAAAAACUGCCUGUCAGCAGCGGAGGAUAAGAAACUAAAGUCCGUCGCGUUCCCGCCUUUCCCCAGCGGCAGAAACUGCUUUCCCAAACAGACCGCGGCCCAGGUGACCCUCAAAGCCAUCUCAGCCCACUUUGACGACUCAAGUGCGUCCUCGCUGAAGAACGUGUACUUCCUGCUCUUCGACAGCGAGAGCAUCGGCAUCUACGUGCAGGAGAUGGCCAAGCUCGACGCCAAGUAGCCACCGCACUUUCCAGCAGGGAUCGGAGGACGCCCCUGGGUCCCGAGAGUGGGGUUUUGCUUUUUAAAAGGAGAGAGGAUGGGUGACGGUGGGAGAGGAGAGGGCGGGGCAGGUCCUACCAGUGCAGGGAGCCCUCUGCCCUUCACACUCUCCUCCAAAAGAGCCUCCAUCCAUAAGGAAGCAGGUCUCCGCGAGGGGUUUCUGUCCAUGUGUUUUUCUCCUGUUGUUUUAGAACUUUUUUAAAAAAAACAGACCUCGUUUUAGAUUUAUAGCAUUGACUUUUACACACACUCACACAAGAAAGAAUCCUUUCUUAAAUCUUCUGUUCCUCCUUUUCCAAGGGAAGAGGGCAUAAAAGUCACCUGGGCUCUAUUGGUGUGCGUGUUCCGUGGCAGAGAGAAGAAAAUGGGAAAGAUCUCACUGGUGCUUUUCUCUUUUGUUUUAGUGCCCCCCGCCCCCACCCCUAUAAUAUCUGUCACUACUCCUAAAAAGAUUUUGCUUCAGGCUUUUUUUUUUGUUUCAUUUUGUUUUUUAAAGAAAAAGAAAAUGAAAGGAAAAAAUAAAAGAUCCCGUGUCUUUCUUA